AUACGAUUAACAAUCGAAUUGUAUUCAAAAUCAUGGACCAAAGAAUGUAGAGAUAGAGUAUAUCUCAGAGCGGUUGGAGGUGCCCAGCUGUUCCUUGGCUGACUCCUUAAGAGAAUUUAUAAUUGAAGCUUUAGACAAUUUGUGAAUUUGAAAUUUACAAAUAUCUAAAUCUGGAAACUUGUAAUUUUUUUAAUUCUUUACAACUGGCGGUACAGAACAUGUGCGGAGCCAGUAACGGAGCCCCCCACUUUUGUUGCUUCCAUUCCCCUUGUCAAUAAUCCCAGCUUACACUCCCCCUCUACAUUUCUGGGUCCACAUUCAGAAUAUAUUGGUUUUUCAUAUAUAUUUUAUGCAGUUAAUGACAGAUAAUUUCGAUGAAUCUGAAGAAUUACAUUUUGUAUUAUUUAAUAUUCGACAUAAGUGAUGAUACUUUGAGCAAGCAAUAGGGUCGCUGUUAAUGUAAUUUAAUAUAUUUAAUUCGUAGCUAAAUGUUCGUUUUAUAACUGAUUUAUGAGUGAAUAAGAAUGCAAAGUGAACGUUUUCUCGUAAAAUAUAUAACAGUGAACAAUUGCUUUGCCUAUUUACCCGAUACCUGGCUACGUAAAUUGGAAACUAAGGAAAAUGUAAUCGAAAUACUACAUAAGGGUAAGACGUAUUACCUAUCUUGUAAUGCAAGAUCAAUUAGUAAUGGAACUUUAUGUCUCGGACCAUCCUUUGCUAGAAGUUUGAACAUUAAUGAAGGUGAAGAAGUAUUUGUGUGUUCCGUAAAAGAUGUCCCAUUUUUAACUAAAAUCAGCGUUGCACCUCGAACUACGAAUGACAGGGAAAUUCUGGAAUUGCAAAUUGAGAAGGUGCAAUCAACGCUUCUUAGUCAAAUUCGCGUUGUUGCCAAAAAUCAACCGAUCGUUGCGUGGGUCUCGAAAUUUACUUCCGUAACAUUAAUUGUAGAAUCUUUGGAGCCAAAUCUGAAGUAUGGAAAGCUCGAACAGUUUUCAGAAAUUCACGUGGGUGAUGCAUUGGCAAAAUCAGAACCCUCAAACGAGCCAAAGAAGCAAAAUAAUGUCCCAAGCAAGCUAAUCGCAGAUUUCAGAAAAAUGUUACCAUUUAAGAGUGAAGAGAACAAAUUAAAUGUAAGCGAAAUAGAAAGAAACGAAAAACUGUUGCACAGUUUUUGUAACAGAAAGAAGCCGAUGGUGUAUCGUGCCCACCCCUUACCAAAUCGCAUAGAAGACAAUCCUUUCAAUAUAAUCGCCAGCUGCCCUUACCACGUGUUCGUGCCGAGGCGCCAUGCACCAAAAUUUUCGGGCAAUUUCGCGCUUUGUCGAGUGAAAAAGAUGGCAGAGAGCAAACAGCAUCAGAAUGCGACGAGCACUAACUUCCUCGUGAAGGUGGACUCAUCCGUUCCAGAAUUAUCCACGGAGCUUAUAGUUAGGCUAUUCAUCGUGGAAGAUGUAUUCGACGGGUCAUCCACGUUGAAUCAUUUUAAUGUUAACUUCCUCCACAAGAGUGUUUACGUAUCAGAUAGUGUGAGGAUCAGUUUGAAUCUCAAAACAGGGUCAAAGAUUAGCUUAUGUCUGCUGGAAGCUUCCGAGAAUGUUGCACCCUCUUCCAUUGAACUGUUCUCUUUGAGGAACUCCGUGUCCUUGGACAGUUUUCGAAGUUAUGUUGCGAUGCACUCGAAUCCUGAGAAAUUGUUGAUCAAUUCUUGCGCUGCUCUUGUGGUGGAUGGUAAUUGUUGCGUUGUAAAGAUCUCUCCAGACAGUUGCACUUAUGGCAUGGUCGAUGGGAUCGACGUGGAGAAGACGAAGGUUUCUUCGAGGUCUGUUAACGAGGAGAGUCAGUUGAGGGUGGCUUUGGAGAAGCAAGAACAUUCCGGUUUGGGAAAGGUUUUUACUCGAUAUUUAAAGAACGUUUUGUUGGAAUGUGAACUCACAUUGGACCUCAGUCUAGGUCUGCGAACCCAAUUGGGAUUUGAAUACGAUCGAGAGAAUAUUUUAAUUUCUGGGGCACUUGGUACGGGCAAAACGACUGUUUGCAAAAUACUUACAGAUUACUUACAGAAACCACCUUAUUUCGUACACACCCACGCAAUAGAUUGCAGAUCUUUAAAAGGAAAGAAGGCCGAAAUGUUACAAAAAAUUUUGAUAAAUGCACUAAAUGAGUGUGUUUAUUAUGAGCCCUCCGUGUUAUUUUUGGACGAUAUAGAAUCCAUUACAAAUGCUUCGACGAAUGACGAAGAGAAUACUCCAGAUGCUACAAAUGCGGCUAGAAUCACGGAUAUUUUGAUUAACACGGUGACACAGUAUCAAGAAUCUCAUUAUGUGUCAGUCAUUGCUACGUGUGCAGGCGUCGGCAAAAUAGGCCAGAAAUUAAGGCCAGCAAGGGGUUGCCAUUUCUUUAGAACCGUUUUAACUAUUCCAAAUCUAGAAAAGGCGGAUAGAAUCGAUAUUUUGCAAUUAAUGCUCCGGGACAAGUGGUACGUGCCAGGAGAAGACGUGAAUUGGGAUUACUAUGGAAACAAGACCGAGGGAUGGAUGGUUCAGGAUCUCGUGGAUCUCGCACAGAAAGCCACGUAUGUUGCUUGGAAUCGUCACGGAAUGUCGAAGCCUCCUGUCAUUAUCACGGAAGAGGACAUGUCAAACGCGUUGCAGAAUUAUACACCAAUAUCCCUGCAAGGUAUACAAUUGUACAAAGGGACAGGUCACAUGUGGUCGGACAUCGGAGGCCUGGCAGAGGUGAAGAGGUCCCUCGUGGAGAUUUUGCAGUGGCCACUGAAGUAUCCUGAGGUGUUCAAGAAUGCGCCGAUCAAGCUGCAAAAUGGUGUUUUAUUGUACGGUAUGCCUGGGACGGGAAAGACUAUGCUUGCCAAAGCGAUCGCCAACGAGUGUGGCGUGAAUUUAAUUAGCGUUAAGGGUCCAGAAUUAUUAUCAAAAUACAUAGGCGCUAGUGAGGAGUCUGUUAGGAAUAUGUUUGAAAGAGCUCUCCGUGCAAAACCGUGUGUCCUCUUUUUUGACGAGUUCGACAGUCUCGCCCCCAGACGAGGUCACGAUAGUACCGGCGUGACAGAUAGAGUAGUGAAUCAAUUGUUAACGCAAAUGGACGGCGUGGAGGACAGAGAAGGUGUAGCAGUCGUGGCUGCCUCUUCGAGACCAGAUUUGUUAGAUUCAGCUUUGCUGAGGCCUGGACGUCUCGACAAAGCGUUAUAUUGUCCACUUCCGGAUGAAGCAGAUAGAGAAGAGAUACUAGCAGUACUCUGUAAGGCACAGAAAAUAGACCAUGAGGACUUGGAUUUAAAAGAACUAGCUGGGAUUACUUCAGGAUUUACAGGUGCAGAUCUGAAUGCCGUGGUUACGCAGGCUAAAUUAACAGCUUUCGAAGAAGAUGCCGAAAAUCUAACUGAUGGAAAAAUUACAGCGAAAGAUUUCAAAGUUACUCAACAGCAUCUGAUCGAUUCCAUUAGAAAUACUCACCCAUCUUUGUCCGCCGCUGAGAAAGAAAAGUACAAAAGAAUUUAUGCCAGAUUUUCAAGGAACGAUAAUUUUAUAGAAGACGUGGUGAAGAACCAGAAGGCUACUUUGGCGUAAAAUUUAUUUUUGGGAUUCUUAAGAGAUGAAUUUUUUAUACAUCUAUUUUUUGACAAAACCUAUCAAUCGUAGCUAAAUAUAGAGGGAUUA